AGUCAGCAUUCAAGGAAAACCAUGAACCAUCACUGCACUCUUAAACAUGACAUUUUUAAAGAGUUCUUGGCGGAGUUCCUUGGGACAUUUGUGCUGGUGUUGUUUGGCUGUGGCUCUGUAGCUCAGACAGUCCUAAGCAGAAAUACACUGGGUGAGCCACUCACUAUCCACCUCGGCUUCACCACCGGACUCAUGAUGGGUGUCUAUAUCGCUGGCGGGGUUUCAGGGGGUCAUUUGAACCCAGCAGUGUCUCUGGCCAUGGUCGUACUGGGUAAACUGAAGAUCUGGAAAUUUCCAAUUUACAUCAUUGCACAGCUCCUGGGAGCCUUUACUGGAGCUGCUGGAGUUUUUGGACUGUAUUAUGAUGCGUUUAUGGAGUUUAGCAGUGGAAUUCUGUCAGUCACAGGCAUUAAUGCCACGGGACACAUUUUUGCCUCUUACCCUGGACGACAUCUCACAAUACUUGGAGGGUUUCUGGACCAGGUGAUUGGAACUGGCAUGCUGGUGCUGUGUAUCUUGGCCAUAACCGAUAGCAAGAAUAUUGGAGCUCCUAAAGGAGUGGAGCCUCUGGCCAUUGGCCUGAUCAUCCUGGGCAUCAGCGUGUCCAUGGGCAUGAACUGUGGAUACCCACUGAACCCCGCCAGAGACCUUGGCCCCCGAGUCUUUACUGCUAUAGCUGGUUGGGGCAUGGAGGUGUUCAGCACUGCAAAUCACUGGUGGUGGAUUCCGGUGUUCGGGCCUUUAAUAGGAGGUAUUACUGGUGCUGUAGUGUAUUUCCUCCUGAUUGAGCUGCACCACUCCGACCCCUCAGAGAAAUCUCAGCAAAAACCUGAGGAAGAGGAGGAUGAAGACGACGAUGAGGACAGUAGUCUGAGGGACAAAUAUGAAAUGAUAACUAUGGGCUGA